ACUACGGGCGCCCGAUUCACCACGCUUUGACACUUCGAAACGCGCACUCAGUAGUGUAGAAACUUGCCCUCGCUCCGCAUGUUUAAUCGAAUAAAAUAAAGCGAAUCCGUUUUAUCCGCGAAAAAAAUCAAAUAAUUUUAUCGCGAUUUUAAAAAAUUUUGGUACAAUUACUUCUUUUAGUGUAAAAUUUAACAAUUUUAAAGUUUUGUUAAGUUCACUGAGAAAUCACCAAAAAAACGGUCUCAAUCAAUAAUGACGAUAAAAUUCUAAUCAAGAAGAAAUCUCGAAGUCGCAUCAAAAAGAGAGAAAGAAAAGUCGUUGUGUACGAUUUUUUGCAAUGAGGUCCUUGGAGAUGUCUGCCCCAUGGCACGAAGAGGACGAAGACGUAGAAGUGGACGACGUAGAAAUGCGCAAGGACCGUGACGAAAUGAGUGAAACGAGUAGCGAUGAAGCCACCGGCAGAAAAAUCGCUAGAAGGAAAAAUGGUGGAAGCGCUUCGAGUAGUGGUGGAUCAAGCGGUGGAGCUACGAGGCGUCGAAAAACUUGUAUAAGCGCCCGCGAAAGGAAUUUGCGAAGAUUAGAAAGUAAUGAACGCGAAAGAAUGAGGAUGCACUCUUUAAAUGAUGCAUUCGAGCAACUUAGAGAAGUUAUACCUCACAUCAAAAUGGAAAGAAAAUUAUCCAAAAUUGAAACGUUAACGUUAGCUAAAAAUUACAUCAUGGCUUUAACGAACGUUAUUUGCGAAAUGAGAGGAGAAGAAAAGCAUUACACAUUCCAAGAUGUCGAAGAAGAUGCCGUGGAUCUUGAAACGUCGAAUAGCGAAGAUGCUGUUAGGGAGCAGAAUAAUAAUUCGAUGUUUCAACAAAACUUAGAAUCGGCGCAAGAAAAAUUAAUGAACAGCCGUUAAUUAUAAAAAUGAAUUUAAUUAAAAGAAUGUGGUGAUUCGCUUGCCUUUGCUCUGUAUGGUUAGCUUAUAUUAAGUUGACGCAAAGUGAAAAAGACCGAUUUUAACCCCAAAAAUAUAAAAAUUACCGAGUACUUUAAAAAAAUGCAGCUAAUUGCCAUUUAUUUCGAAAAAAAGUACUUAAUACCGGGAAUUUCAUAUAACUCGCAAUAUAUAAAUGCAGUAACCAUAGUUAUGAAACUACUAUGUUCUUGUACUGUCCCACAUAAAAUGCAACAUAGCUUAAUAGUACAAGCAUUGGGUAGUUUUGCAAAGGAAAAGUUUUGCUUGGAAAAGGUGAUAACUUUGAGUUUCCGCCAUAAGAAACGCACAACUAAACCCGAAUGUUUCUGGUUCUAGGUCUAGUGUUACUUCUAGUUUUAAUCCUUAUGCAGCGCUAGACCAAGAACUAGAAUCAUUUGGGCUUAGCCGUACGUCUCUUAAGACGGCUAAACCCGAAUGAUUGCAUUUUAUGUGAGACAAAGAAGUAGGUACGCCAUGGUUUCUAUGGAAAUAUAUUUUUGUAUAUUGCAUCUUAAGUGAAAUUCACUGUAUAAUGACGAUUAUUAAGUUAUCUCUCUUAUUUGUCCUCUUAAGUUAAUAUUAAAACAUAAAAAUUAGUUUUAUAGGCGUAGAUAAAAAAUUAUGUACAUAAAAGAAAUUAACUAUGUAAUAAGCGUUAGAACCAGCGAAUGUGAUUUUUUGUGCUUCCGUCUUAAUCAAAAUCAAGUUAAUUUUGGCCUCAACAUUAAAAAUUAUUUCAUUUGGGGAUAUCACCAAAGAUAUUAUGUAGAAUAAUUAUUUUUAAUUAAUUGAAAAAUGUACUUGGAUUAAUGAACGUACCCAAUCUGUUUCUGUCAAAUAAACGUCACUGUCAGUGUCACUUAAUGUAAGUACAUGAUUCAAUUUAUAUUCUAUAUUUUAUCUUCGAUGCUUUAUAUUGUGUAAAUAAAUCGAAAUGUAAAAAAGAGGUUAUAUUAAAAUAAUGGGAAUCAAGUAUUAAUUAUUAUUCGAUCGGAAUAGCUAACGUUGUAAAUGUAGGUUAUGUUUAAAAAAAAAGUUACCUUUUUGCCGUUUUUAUUUCGCAAAAUGAGAAUAAAUAGGGUAAAGAUAAAACGGUUAAUGCUCAAUUUUAGUUUUUCGUUGAUGUCUUCCUGUUUUGUGUUUAAAUUAAUCGUAGUAGAUGCAAAUAGAAAUUUAUAGUCGUCAAGAGCUACACAUUCCAUAAAAAUUAACUAAAAAAAAUUUUAAAUUAAUAAAGUAACCUGAUUGUAAACAAAUCAAGACUGAAUAUUAAUCGAGUUAAAAACUCGAUAAAACUAAACCGAAAUGUACCUAAAUGUAACGAAGAAUAUCGUGAGACAAAAAUUGAUUUUUUUUUAAUAGUACUUCGAAUUAUUUUUUUCUACUUAAUAUUUUGCUGAAAAUAAAUUCCUUAUUUUUCUAAAACGCCCAAAAAUAAAGUGUUCGUUAACGAACGCUGUUAUUAUUAAAGAUAAAUGUGAUAUUGUAGCGGAAAGAUUUUUUAGGUGAAAAAAUUAAAAAAAAAAAUAGGCAAAAAAAUGUUACUUAGCCGAAAUUUAAUUAUAUUUAUCAUUAAAU